AUGUCAGCGUCAGCGCCGGUGGAUCCGCAUGACAAGAUGAGGGCUAGGGACGUGAGCAAAGUGGCGCGGGGAGAGCAAGCCCCAAGGCCAGUUCAUGAAUACGGCAUCGUUUCUCCACCCCCUCCUCCCUCUUCAACCGACAACAUUGAUACCAAUAACAACAAGGAAAAAAAUAAAAAGUUAGGGGCAGCUGAAAACGGUGCCGAAAUACCACCCACUAAUUACCAAAUGCGCCGUUGUUAUGUAAAAUACGUGGAGUACCAUAGAUGCAUUAAGCAGAGGGGCGAAACGGCACCCGAAUGCGAGAAGCUGGGCACGGAAUUUAGGUCCUUGUGUCCAACCGAAUGGAUUGAAGAAUGGGACAAAGAGAGAGAAGAGGGGAAGUUCCCUGGAGAAAUAUAA